AUGCCCGCCAUCGUGAACCUGCUGUUUAACACAGUCUCCACCAACACCACCAUCUCCUUCUCUCUGGUGUUGCCUCUGGUCAGCAUCCUCUCUCUGUUGGUGGGGGUUGGAGGUCACCUGCUCGUGUGGUUGGUUUUGAUGCGCAAUCCACGGCGCCGUUCCAAGCCCAGCUCGGUCCUCCUGUUAAACCUGAGUUUUGCGGAUCUGUGCGCUUUACUCACUCUGCCCUGUGUGCUACUGAGUGCCAGCUCUCAGAACUGGCAGCUGGGAGGAGGCGUUUGUGUGCUGUUAAGCUUCAUGACCUCUCUGACGGCCGGAGUGGACAUCUUUAGCCUGGCUGCCCUCUCUGUGCUGCGUUAUCGGAUAGUGGCUCCGUCGACGCGUCCCCCCGCAACCCCUGCGCAGGUAGCUGGCACAGUUGCUGUCAUCUGGCUGGUUUCCAUCGCCAUGGCCCUACCUAAGGUCACCUAUAUCCAGUUUGAUAGUGGGUGCACUUGGUCGGUUGGGCGUGGUCACUGGCUGGGGUUCCUCGUUCCUGCGUUUCUGGUGUACUACGUUGCUCCUCUUCUUUGCAUCGCCCUGCACUGCGGCCUGAUCAUCACACACCUGCACCGCUGCCGGGGCACUCUGGCAGCAGACCACCGCAAUAAAAAGGCCACCGCGCUCCUCAUCGGCUCCACCUUGGUGUUUGCCAUCAGCUGGCUGCCCUACUACAUACUAGAGUUUGUGAACGUAUUGUCGCCAUCCGUGCAUUCCGUAAGCUCACCCGUCAACUGGUCCGUAAGCCCUGCCCCCAGCUCCGCCUCCCCAUCGGCAAAUACGGAGGUGUCUCUGCUGUGGGAGGUGACUUCGCUGUCUGCCAUUCUUCUGAUUUGUCUGGCACCUUGCUGGAACCCGCCGCUCUACUUCCUGCUAUCUAAGCCAGCCCUCAGGCAACUGAGAGCGCUGUUACCCAUAAUGCACAAACGCUGGAGAGCCGCUACCCUCUUACAGCACAUAGUGCCAAAACACGCUCCCACACAACCCCACUCACAGCCUGGGUCUCAACACGCUGCGCAGAUGCUACCGGUAACACAAGCGCAAUGAGAAUCGCUUACACAUCCACACGCUUGGUACAAUCUAGAUUCGCACGGUAAGAAACAGAACAUGCCCCGUAUAGCAACCCAGCAAGACUGGCGGGCGGCAAACACACCCACUCGCAUGCGCAAAGUACACACAGACACGCCCAACACAGCGACAGGUGUUUUCUGUUUGAGCAUCCUCAUCUUUCUCAUGGUGGCUGGGAUUGUGAGUUGCUUAGUAACACUACAGAGAAGAUAAGACCAUGGACCUCUGCGUUUUAUGUUCAGCAUCACAUUUACAAUGUCCCAGCAUGCCACCUGCAUCGUUUUCUUCCCAUCUUUCCAAAUCUCUCCAUCACACCAAAAAUGUUUCUUGUACCGCAGCAAAUUUCCAUCACCAGCUCAGCCACACUACACACGCAUUAGCAUGUCCUUGACAACAUAUGUAUUCAUUUUAAUUCGCUUGUAAAUGUGUGCUGUAAUUCUGAUUGCCAGUGUGGUGAGUAAUCAUUUAGAUUUGUGUGGGCUGGCAAUGGCUGGUACAUCAGAUGUAUGGUAAACAUGGCUUGUUCGAUUCUCACUGGCUGUCAUCUGUAAGCUUUCUGACGGCCAUCCUCAGCUUAACGUGAAAUGAAAUGCGCCGGUGUUUAUUUGUAAUGAAAAUGUAUUUAACGAUUUCCCUUUAAUGAUAGAAUCUUGCAGUGCAGUCGAGUCUCUGAGAACUCCGUCUCUGUGUCACCUGCCGAUGAGUCAUCGCUCUUCACAGGAGCUUUCAUUCUCUGCUAAUAUUGUUGCCAGUGUAAUAAAAUGUGGAUCUGAAUCGAUCCCACACUUUCUCUGCUGUUUUUAUUCCCUGCUUCCCCACUGUAUCCUCCUCCCUCCAAAUCAACUCAUUUAUUUUACUGAGAUGAACGGGGAGGAGGGGUAAAAUUGAAAAGGAUCCAGAUAUGUAUUUUUCACUUGACAUCGGUCUGUAAUGCCACAGGAGUCGGAUCUGUUCUCUCUGACAAUUCAUCUCCCCAGCACAACGAAUCAUGACCUUCUUCCAUUUAUGUGUCUUUCAGGCUUUGGCUGAAAUGCAUUACAAAGUGGCAUUCGUGGC